CCUGGGUCUCCUCUCACCAUGUUUCCUCUGCAGCUCCUGGCUCUGAUCUUCAUCUCCUCGACAACAGUCGAACCUCCACCCGAGGAGAAGCAGAAGGAGAAGAAAAAGGAAAAGGAGGAGAAGGAGAAGGACAGGUAUGACUUGAUGUUCAGAAGGGGAGACCUCCUGGAAGUCCCUCGGACUCUUUUCACCCACUUUGGGAUUUACCUGGGAGGAGGCAGAGUGGCUCAUUUCAUCCCAGACAUCAUGCCCAUCGUCUCCAGUGACCAGUUUCGGAUAAAACAGAUGGUGACCAACACCAGACUCUUACUGGGAGUACUGACUAAGUGUGGCAGUGUGAGGGUGGACUCAGUGGAAGACUUCGCCUAUGGAGCAGAGAUAAUCAUCAACCCAAUGGACAAGAUGUGCAGCCGUGCAGCGCUGCAGGGGGAGCAGGUGGCCCGGCGGGCCGAGAAGCUGCUGGGAGACGUGGCCUACAGCCUGCUGUGGUACAACUGCGAGCACUUCGUCAUGUACUGCAGAUACGGCACCGUCAUGAGCUUCCAGACCUUCCAGUUCUGUAAGACGAUGAGGAAGCUGCUGCUGAGCCGAGGCGUUGCCAAGGUGACGGCGCUGCUGGCUGCAUGUCUGCUGGUUUACCUGCGAGUUAGUAACACCUGGUCCGUCCUGCUGGCCGUGAUGCUGCCUUUCCUCAUCUGGAUGGCCUCCUGAGUGGACACGCUGACCUGGAACAUGAAGACUGGGAUCUGCAGAGAUGAUUUCCUUGGGCCAACAACACAAUCUGAGUCUUAAAUGAUCCUGAUUGUGUUUUUAAUCAGUGAUUCGUCACAAACAGAGACAACAAACAAAUAAAACACCUUACAUUGUGUUUGAUUUAUAGUGUCCCAUAACAGAUCAAAUUAAAUAGUUCAGUAUUUAAAUGUCUUGAUGCAUUUUGCCAGAAUAAAUCCAUCCUUUGGGACUGAAGCCAUUCUGACUGCUGCCAUACACACUGUUGCCCAUAAAAACGGAAUAAAAUGUGUGUUUUUGACUUUA